AUGAGAUUUGACGACAAUUACGGUGGCGACCCCAACUAUGUUGGCUCCUCAAUCAAACCCACCAAGUUCUACCAAGACGAGAAGGGAAUCAGCGCCUCUGCACUGGCACUACACACCGAGCACGAAAAGUGGGUGGGAGAGGUCUCCGCUUACACAAGCGAGAUCACAGAUGAUGACUUUGUCCAGCCUGCAGCAUUGUGGGAGGUCAUUGGUCGCGAGUCUGGUCACCAAGAGAGAGUUAUCGAAAACCUUGUGGGCAGUAUCAAGGGUGUCAAGUACCCUGGGUUGCGUAAGGCUGUCUACGGACUCUUUGGACGUGUCAAUAAGGAUCUCGGGUCCAUUUUGCAGCAGCGUACCGAAGCAGCGAUCAAGACUGCGCAGAAGUAG